CGCAGACGCUGCAUGAACGUCUGUAGUUACCAAUAGCUACGGUUGUUGCUGUUGCCUGGGCAGUGGCUGUCAAAUAGGCUGGCGAAGCUACCUUUGUCAUGAUUUUGUAGCAACCCCUCUCCUGAAAAUAUAGCAACCAUAUUUUGAAAGAUACCUUGAAUUAGCAUCAGAGACGCUGGGCGAAGAGAAAAAGAGUGAGAUGAAAUGACAACGUCAACAUUACAGAAAGCGAUUGAUCUUGUGACCAAAGCCACAGAGGAGGACAAGAACAAGAACUAUGAGGAAGCCUUGCGCCUUUACCAGCAUGCAGUGGAGUACUUCCUGCAUGCUAUCAAGUAUGAGGCACACAGUGACAAGGCAAAGGAGAGCAUACGUGGGAAGUGUAUGCAGUACCUAGACCGGGCUGAGAAACUCAAAGAUUUCUUGAAAAACAAAGAAAAAACAGGGAAGAAGCCUGUCAAGGAAGCACAGAGUAAUGAUAAGAGUGACAGUGACAGCGAAGGUGAAAACCCAGAGAGAAAGAAACUGCAGGAGCAACUGAUGGGUGCCAUUGUGAUGGAAAAGCCCAAUGUCCGGUGGAACGAUGUAGCUGGGCUAGAGGGAGCUAAGGAGGCCCUGAAGGAAGCUGUAAUCCUGCCCAUUAAAUUCCCUCACCUCUUCACAGGCAAACGCACUCCAUGGAGAGGGAUUCUUCUCUUUGGACCCCCUGGGACGGGAAAGUCUUACCUGGCCAAAGCAGUAGCCACCGAAGCCAACAACUCCACCUUCUUUUCUGUGUCAUCAUCAGACCUCAUGUCCAAGUGGCUUGGAGAGAGUGAGAAACUGGUGAAGAACCUGUUUGAUCUUGCCCGCCAGCACAAGCCCUCCAUCAUCUUUAUUGACGAGGUGGACUCGCUCUGUGGCUCCAGGAAUGAGAAUGAGAGUGAGGCAGCCCGGCGGAUUAAGACCGAGUUCCUGGUACAGAUGCAAGGUGUGGGCAACAACAACGAUGGCAUCCUCACCCUUGGGGCCACUAACAUUCCCUGGGUUCUGGAUGCUGCCAUCCGUAGAAGGUUUGAGAAGCGUAUCUACAUCCCUCUCCCAGAGGAGCCCGCCAGGUCACAGAUGUUCCGGCUGCACCUGGGCAACACACCCCACAGCCUGAGUGACGCAGACCUUCGUCAGCUCGCCAAAAAGACAGAAGGCUACUCCGGGGCUGACAUCAGCGUCAUUGUACGAGAUGCCCUCAUGCAGCCUGUCAGGAAAGUGCAGUCAGCCACACACUUCAAAAAGGUGCGAGGGCCAUCCCGUGCCAACAGUCAAUUGAUGGUGGAUGACCUUCUGACCCCGUGUUCGCCUGGGGACCCAGCUGCCAUAGAAUUAACCUGGAUGGAUGUGCCUAGCGACAAGCUGCUGGAACCCAUCGUCUGCAUGUCUGAUAUGCUGCGGUCACUGUCCACCACGCGUCCGACAGUCAACAGUGAAGACUUGUUCAAGGUCAGGAAGUUCACAGAGGACUUUGGACAGGAGGGCUAAGAGGCCCUGGUCAGCCAAGGGCUUCACUACUCCUUACCCUGUUUCUCCUCUCAAGCCCCAUUCAUACAACCUCCUGUCAAGUAGUAGCUACAGUACUACCACACUACAAACUUGGAUUUGUUCGACUAACCUGCAUUGGCAAGAAUGAUGGAGCAUUUAACCUCAUACCAUUUCCCUCCAAUCAUACACUAUUGCAGUCCUGAAGACUGAGACUAUAUAUUUUUUUGCCAUCCUGCACUUUAAGUUGUUAAUCAUUAUGAAGGAAGGGUGAAGAGCUUUUGAACAAUUGCAUUUAACAUAGCUCUUGUCUUGCAUGUAUGUAAGUCCUAGGCUGCAUUUAAAAAGGCAGCACAAUUCUGCUUUUUUUUUCACUAAUUGGUCUUUUGACUAAUUGGAUCAGCUCUGAAGAUCUGAUGUGAAUGGUAAAAAUACAGAUUUGUGGAAAACAAUAUCAGAAUUGGGCUGCCUGUUUCAACGCAGCCUUAAUGUAUGUCUUGUGUAGGAGCGCUCUGCUUUUAAAUUAAUUGAGUUGACUGACCAUAGCUGCCCCCUCUCCCAGUCCCCGCUAGAGCUGUCCCUAUUUUACAGGCAGUGUUACUUACGAUUAUUUAUUUUUAUCUCGUCAAGAUUUGUUGACUGUAUGAGUGACUGAGGACACAGCUGAUCAUUGAGUGGGAGAGGUGUUUACAUUUCAGUAUUUCUCUGACAUGUUAUGUGACUGAAGAUGGGGACAAGAGCCCUUUUCUAUUUCUGGAUUUGAGCAUUGAAAAUAAUAGUUCCAUGACAGACAUUAUCAUAUUGUCAAGUGUUUAUGUCUGUAUAGUUGGGGGGUGUCAGUUCUGGUCCCAGAGGGGAUCUCACUGCAGUUACAACUAUCCUUGAUAACCUGACUUAGUAAAUCCAGAAUUCAAAAAUAAAAAGAUGUUUGUCAUUAUUCCAUUUCAACUUUACAUUAUCCAUGUUAUUACAGUUGAAGUCAGAACUUUACAAACACUUUAGCCAAAUGCAUUCAAUUCCUGACAUUUAAUCCUAGUAAAAAUUCCCUAUUUUAGGUCAGUUUGGAUCCUCUUUAUUUUAAGAAUGUGAAAUGUCAGAAUAAUAGUAGUGAUUUAUUUCAGCUUUUGUUUCUUUCAUCACAUUCCCAGUGGGUUAGAGGUUAUCAUACACUCAAUUAGUAUUUGGUAGCAUUGUCUUAAAAUUGUUUAACUUGGGUCAAACGUUUCAGGUAGCCUUCUACAAGCUUCCCACAAUAAAUUUGGUGAAUUUUGGCCCUUUCCUCCUGACAGAGCUGGUGUAACUAAGUCAGGUUUGUAGGCCCUCUUGCUCGCACACGCUUUUUCAGUUCUGCCCACACAUUUUCUUUGGGACUGAGGUCAGGGCUUUGUGAUGCCACUCCAAUACCUUGACUUUGUUGUCCUUAAGCCAUUUUGCCACAACUUUGGAAGUAUGCUUGGGGUCAUUGUCCAUUUGGAAGACCCAUUUGCAACCAAACUUUAACUUCCUGACUGAUGUCUUGAGAUAUUGCUUCAAUAUAUCCAGAUAAUUUUCAUUCAUGAUGCCAUCUAUUUUGUGAAGUGCACCAGUCUCUUCUGCAGCAAAGCGCCGCCUACCUGUGCGUCACAGUUGGGAUGGUGUUCUUCGGCUUGCAAGCCACCCCCUUUUUCUCCAAACAUAAUGAUGGGCAUUACGGCCAAAGUUCUAUUUUUGUUUCAUCAGACCAGAGGACUCAUUUUACUGUGGCUAUAGAUACUUCUGUACCGGUUUCCUCCAGCAUCUUUGCUGUUGUUCUGAGAUUGAUUUGCACUUUUCACACAAGUACGUUCAUCUCUAGGAGACAGAAUGCAUCUCCUUUGUGAGUGGUAUGACGGCUGCGUGGGCCCAUGGUAUUUAUACUUGCGUACUAAUGUUUGUACAGAUGAACGUGGUACCUUCAGGCGUUUGGAAAUUGCUCCCAAGGAUGAACCAGACUUGUGGAGGGCUACAAUUUGUUUUGAGGUCUUGGCUGAUUUCUUUUAAUUUUCCCAUGAUGUCAAGCAAAGAGGCACUGAGUUUGAAGGUAGGCCUUGAAAUACAUCCACAGGUACACCUCUCAUUGACUCAUUUCAAUUAGUCUAUCAGAAUCUUCUAAAGCACUUUAUAAUUCUCCAAGCUGUUUAAUGGCACGGUCACAGUAAACUUCUGACCCACUGGAAUUGUGAUAGUGAAAUAAUCUGUAAACAAUUGUUGGAAAAAUUACUUGUCAUGCACAAAGUAGAUGUCCUUACCGACUUGCCAAACUGUAGUUAACAAAUUUGUAGAGUGGUUGAAAACCUUGUUUUAAUGACUCCAACCUAAGUGUAUGUAA